AUGCCCAAAGAGAGGCGGAGGUGUCUCAGAGAGGUGGACACCUGCAGCAGCAGCAGCGACAGGACAGAAGCGGAGGGUCAGUGCGCGUCCCGGCGGGCCAGUAAUGAGCGGUGGCAGAUGGCGGGCGCGCUCCCGGUGCCGCAGCUGACCGUGACGGCGGAGGGAGAGAGUGUCACGCGGGAGCUCGAGGACGCGGAGGAGCUAAACGGAGGCGCGACGCCGCACCGCAAGCACUCCAACUCCUCAAUUUCCUCCGCCGGCUCCUCCGGGGCUUUGGAUGAAUCUGAGGACGAUAUACUCAGCGACAGUGAAACCAAGAGCAAAGGCAUUGUUACUUUAGAACAUCUGGGAGACUCGACAGAGGUCAGACCCUGGUCCAAACUGAAGACGGUCGUCCAAUGGCACGUUGUAACUUCACAGAGAAAGCGGCUGUCCUGGGUUCAGUUAGCCGGUCAUAAAGGCAGCUUCAAAGCAGGCAAAGAGGGCACCAUCCUAAAGAAGUACUCCGAGAACGAAAAGUUAUGUUUCGAGCGCCUAAAGACUGAUGUGCUGAACCAGUUUGUGCCAGUCUACCACGGCACAGUGGAGAGAGACGGAGAGCUCUUUCUGCAAAUGAGUGACCUGCUGGCCAACUUCAAUGGGCCAAAUGUCAUGGACUGCAAGAUGGGAGUGAGGACUUAUCUGGAGGAGGAGCUGGUGCGAGCCCGGGAGAAGCCCAAGCUGCGUAGGGAUUUGUAUAAUAAGAUGAUGGAGGUGGACAGAGAGGCUCCCACCGCCGAGGAACAAAAGCAGCAAGCUGUGACCAAGCUUCGCUACAUGCAGUGGAGGGAGACUCUCAGCUCCACCAGCACUUUGGGCUUUCGCAUUGAGGGCAUCAAGAAAGCAGAUGGAACCUGCAGUACAGACUUUAAGAAAACUGGCUCAAAAGAAGAAGUUAAACGAGUUUUCAUGGACUUUGUCAGUGGGAAUGGAAACAUAAUUAGCUCCUACAUUAGGAGGCUGGAGGAAAUCAAACAGAUUUUGAAGGCUUCAGAAUUCUUCAUGACACAUGAGGUUAUUGGAAGUUCAAUGCUGUUCAUCCAUGACCACACGGGACAAGCCAACGUCUGGCUGAUCGAUUUUGGAAAGACCACGGCUUUGCCGGAAGGACAGAAGCUGGAUCACUAUUCGCCUUGGCAAGAAGGGAACCGACACGAUGGUUACUUAUUUGGUCUUGAUAACCUGCUGCACACCCUCCACUCACUGUCUGCACAGUGCUCUUAAACAUAUAGGAUGAUAUGAUUGCCGAUUUAUGGGGGAGGAGGACUGGCCAAAGCCCUGCAAUUCAUAACCACUCUGUCCAGUGUAUUCCUGCCUUGCACCCAGUGUUUCCAGAUAAAGCCAGACUCACACCCUGACCAGGAUAAAGCAGCUGAUGCAAAUGACAUGCAAAGAUAAAUAAAUAAAUCAAUAAAAACUGGAUCAUACUGUAAUAAGGUGAAAAGUAGGAGCAAAGGCUUAGUGAAACCGCAA